AUGGCCGAGGCAUUCCCCAAGAACUAUCAGUACAACACUGAUAUGGCACCUAAUUGCACGCAGUUGCAAAAUCUGACCCAGAGGUCUGAGGAGUCCUUCAAAGAGUAUGCCCAACGAUGGAGGGAAUUGGCUGCUAGGGUACAACCCCCAUUGCUAGAAAGAGAACUGGUAGACAUGUUUAUGGGAAACCUACAAGGUUCAUACCUUGACAGAAUGGUAGGGAACACCUCUUCGGGAUUUUCCGACCUGGUCUUAGCCGGUGAAAGAAUAGAAAAUAUGAUUAAAAUGGGAAAGAUCAAGAACUCUGCCAGUACUUCCAGUGCAUCGAAGAAACCUUUUGUUCCCUAUGGUAAAAAACGAGAAGGCGAGACCAAUGUCACCUCUAUCAUUCAAACAAGAAAUGCCUCUUAUCCACAAGUAGCCUCCAUAGCUCCUGUCCAACCAAGUCAACAACAACCAUUUACAAUUCUUUUUCAAACUCAACAACAGCAACGCUACCAACAACCACAACCACAACGUUAUCAACAACAACCGCAACGACCCCCACCAGCAGUUCUUCCUCCCGGUUAUGAUGCAAAUGCCUAUUGUGAAUUUCAUUCUGGCGCUCCUGGGCAUUCGGUCGAGAAUUGUAAAGCAUUAAAGUACAAGGUUCAAGAUAUUAUUGAUUCUAAGGCAAUCACGUUCGCCCCCAAUGAGCCGAAUGUAAAUAACAACCCGAUGCCCCCUCACAACAAUGCAACCGUGAAUAUGAUGGAAGUUGACAAUGGAAGGAGAUUGAUGUCCUGUGUGGACGAAUUAAAAACACCACUCAUCGAGAUCAAGAAUGAUUUAAUGAGGGAUAAUGCCUUUCCCAUAUGUAGUAACGACUAUGAACACUAUCUGAUUAACCCGCGACAGUGUAAGACGUUGAAGUCUAUCAUACAAAAAUUAAUGGACCAAGGGAUCUUGGUGGUAGACUGCCCGUCCACAAAAGAAGAUGUGUCAACCCUCGAAAUACCAUACGACGAAGUCCCUCCUCUUCAAAUUCCAUAUGACUUCUCUCAGUUAACUCUGUCAACAAAUCCUGUUACUUCGAUCAUAAUAACGGUUCCCGUACCAUUCCCAUAUGUUGACACCAAGGCAGUCCCAUGGGUGUACGAUACCUCAGUCUACAUUCAUGGCCAGAAAAUUCAAGAAGAACCAUUGAAGUCUAGCGAUCCAAUGAUCAAUAUCAUCGGCAUUGGAGAAUUACAAGAAGUGGAAGGAUAUUUGCACCGACACUCACUCCAAUUGGAACUAUCAAUCCUUCAACUUCAGACAAAGGCAAACAAAUUGAUGGUGUUAAUCAAUGACAAGACCCCGCACCUUCCAAUGAAGUAUACGAGUUCUUACACAUUAUCAAGAAGAGCGAUUAUUGAGUAG